CCGAUCGAGCCUUGCAGUUCGCUCCUGGCAUCAGCCAAACAAUUAAAACACACUACAUAACCUACAUCGAGAUAGCUAGCUAGCUGCAGCGAUGUCUCGCUCUCGCUACCUCGUGGCGUCACUGCUCCUUGCGCUCGCCGUGGCAGCCAGCGCCGCCGCCGCGGCCUCGCCGUACGAGGCGCGCCAGCAGGACAAGCGGACCAUCCCGAGCGACGCCUCGCACAUCGACGAGGAGACCGCGCGCCUGCUGGCCGCGGAGGGCGCGACGCUGGCAGCCAUAUGGGCGGCGAAGAAGGACAUGCAGGCGCAGUUGCAGCCGCUUGAGGCGAAGCCGAGCGGCGGCGUGGCUACGCUGGGCGACGACCAGAGCUCGUCGGGCGGCGGCGUGGCCACGCAGGGCGACGACCAGAGCUCGUCGGAAGGCAGCGGCACCAGCAGCGGCAGCGGCGAGCACGGCAAGGAGGAAGGGAGCAACAAGGAGGGCGAGAAGCAGGGCAAGAGCUGCCUCACCAAAGAGGAGUGCCACAAGAAGAAGAUGCUCUGCGGCAAGGGCUGCACGCUCUCGGCCCACAGCAAGUGCGCUGCCAAGUGCACCAAGUCCUGUGUACCCACCUGCUAGGAGCCGGAGCCAUGGGCCGUGGGCCGUGGCCGAGAUCUCGAUCGAGCCCUUCAGACUUGAGUCCUGUGGUGAAGUUUAUCUUGUGCGUUGCGUUGAAGUAGAUGGAAGGAAUAAGGAGGGGCACUUGCUGCA